AUGUCGAGCGGACGUUCACGGUUCCUACCUCAUCAAGCACGGCGUCAAAAAGAUACGACCACUUUCGCCCUUUCGAGCUUCGGCGGCUUCAUUCGAGCACAUGCAUUCUCUCCGUUACCCGGUUUCGACUCUGGCAACUCGUUACAAGCAGCCUAUAUCCCACCAUUACUUCUUCAAUGCUUGAUCACUGGUCUGGGGGAUGCAAGCAUAUUCACGCUCACCAAGACCUGGGUCGGGUUUAUGACUGGAAACAUGGUCCAGAUGGUGAUCAACUCUUUCGAUCUGCUGCUUCCUUCCGACUCCAACGCAGGUGACAACCAGGGAGAGGUUCGCUGGAAGCUCGAGUCGAACGUCAGUGCGAUCGUUGGCUUCAUGAUUGGGUGCCAGAUCGCAUCCAAUUUGGUGACACGCCUGGCAACGGAACGAACAAAGCGCAUCACUAUUGUGUUGCUUUCACUCUAUCGAUCGUUAGCCACAUUGACAAUCAUCCUUGUCGGCACACAAUAUCCUGCCUUUCGACUCGGCGGGUCGCUGGGUUGGCUUGUCAUCUCCAUCUUAGCGGCGAGCUUCGGCUGCCAGUCGACCUAUUCUACCAGCCUGGCAACACCGUUUUCCAACACGGUCGUUUUCACUGCUACAUUGACUUCGGUCUCAUCUGACCUGCACCUGCUCAUGCUCAACUUGACAGGUUCAAAUCGGCUCAAGCUGAUGGGCAUCGUUGGGCUUCUCGGCGGCGCUGCGUUGUCGCAGGUCAUCUUGAAAGUAGCCACGAAAGCAUCGAAGCGGGACAAGCACCAAGCAGUACAGCAUGCGCUGAUUGCUUUGUCGAUCAUGGAGCUUCUUUUAGCGGCUUCAUGGUUCCUAUGUGGCAUACUAUCUAGCUGGAGAGAGUAUCAGUGUCGUGGUCAAGCGAGAUUACAGCACGUCGAACGAGCCUCUGAAUCCGAAGAUAUAUAG